AAUCAUGGUCGUUCUAUAUAAUAUCUCCCUUGUAAUUAGUGUGUAUCUAUCGUCGUUAAAGAGGAAGGACAAGCUAAAAGAUAGAGAGAAAUAGAGGGUAGAGGGGUGAGGGGUAGAGGCAGAGAUACUCUGGGUUUUAGAGAGAGGAAAACUGCAAAAUGGACCGUAGGGGAGGUUGCUGCAUAGCGAGGUAUGGUGGGGGUGCUUAUGAUAUGUCGAAAGUUGAUCGGAUAAUGCUGAGAUUCCGGCCGAUUGCCCCCAAACCGGCCAACGCCGGUUCAUCCUCUUGUUGGUCAUGUCCGGAGAUGAGUGAGGUUAGUUACAGGUCCGGCAGAGGAAAGAGAAGAUUUAACGCCACAAACGGGAAUAACAGUAAGAGGUGUAAUAAUGGUGGCAAUAUUAGGAAAAGAAAAGGUUUGAUAGAAGAGAAGGUAGACGCAGCGGUGACUCUGCCUCUCUUGCCAGAGACUCCCGAUCGAAAGGAUACUCCUGGAAGGGAAUCGGCGCUGGACUUGCUUUCACUAAAACAAACAAGGACCGUUCCCACAUGGCUUGGUUUUGGUAGCAAUGAGAAGUGUCAUGAUCGGAUGGUAAUAUCCACACGUUUUGGCAUGCCAGGUUAUCAGUCUGUGCUGACGCCUCAGGUGAUGAGGGUGUUGAUUGGGUCAUGCGUAACAGUGGAAUGUAUUACGGACACGUGGGUGGACUUGGAUGGACUGGGGUGUACGGACGAGGAGAGGAAGAUGAAUCUGGAGAGGGACACGUGUCCAGGGAUGAUAUCCGACGGUUUUGGAAGGGUAACGUGGACGAACGAGGCAUACAGGACGAUGGCAGGCGGCGGAGAAAACGGAAGAGGAGAGGUGGUGGUGUGGCUAGUGAUUAAGGAAAAAUCGCCGGUGACGGCGGCUCUAGGGAGCAAGCGAGCAUUCACGUGCAGGGUAAGGGUGCAGAACCAGAAGACGAGUGGAAAUGAGAAGGAAAGAAGCUCGAUCACCGUACCAUGUGACGUGUGGAGAAUGGAGGGUGGUGGUUUUGCAUGGAGAUUAGACGUAAAGGCUGCUCUCUCUUUGGGCCGGUGAAAAUAACAGUAACGGGAAAAGAGGCAGAAGUCCCAAAGCCAUCUAAAAAUCAAAGAAGUUUAUGGUUUUGGUGGGUAUGGUUAUGGAAUAUUACCAUAUUAAUCUGAGUUUAACACUAAAGUUGCGAAUUAUCUUUUUUGGUGCAAAAAUUGUGAAUAUUUUUGUUUCCUUCUUGAAGCUUGGUUUUUGAACUUUUCACUACUGUCCAUUGAUCACGUUCCUCUAUCUCUAUGUGGGUGUGGGUGUGGGUGUGGGUGUGGGUUUUCGACGCCGUUCAGUUAUGUAAAGUUUGUUAACAGAGAUUAUAUAAGCAAGAACUCUUUAGUGUAAUGAUGUUUAAUAUAAAUGGUUGCUUUUAUUCC